AGCCGGUGGCUGGAAGGGCGCGGAGGGCGGUGCAGCGCACGAGUCCAGCAGAAGGCCGUCCCCGCCUCCGCCCGGCCGCGGGAGCGAGUCGCCUAUUUAGCGUGCGGCCGCGGGUGGGAACGGUGCGCCCAUGGCGGCCCUGGGGGACGAGGUGCUGGAUGGUUACGUGUUCCCAGCGUGUGCCCCCUGCUCGUACCCGUACCCCAACCCGGCGGCCACCAAGGGCAGGGGCGCGGCGGGCGGCAGCUGGCAGCACCGCGGCGGGGGCUGCCUUCCCGCCUCCUCGUCCUCCUCCCCCUUCUCGGCGGGUGCGGCCUCGUCGCCCUUCCCGGGCUGCAGGCAGCUGACGGCCGCCGAGUACUUCGACAGCUACCAGCGGGCGCAGCUCAUGGCCCUCCUGGCGCAGGUGGGGCCUGGCCUCGGGCUGCGCGCCCGCGCCCGCAGGCUCGGCAGCUGCGACGUGGCGGUGCAGGUGAGCCCGCGCGUGGACGCCGCGGUGCAGUGCUCGCUGGGGAGGCGCACGCUGCAGCGCCGGGCCCGAGACCCCCAGUCCCCGGCCGGCUCCGGCGCCGGGGGAACAACUGGCGGGGGCUCUCCCUCCCAGCCGCCGGCCCGCCGGGGCCCGGAGCAGGGCAGCCCCCUGAGCUGCGCCCAGCGGCCCGUGCGCUUUCCGCGCACCGUCGCCGUGUACUCGCCCGUGGCCUCGCGUCGCGUCACCGCCUUCCUGAGGGGGCCGGGGCCCAGGGCCGCGGCGUGGGAGCAGAGGUCGGGGGCGUCGGACGGAGAGCAGGGGUCGCCGCCCGUGCGACUUAGAGGCCCAGAGGAGGGAGAGGGUUCGGCGAGCAAGGUGCCCCGACGGCCACAGUCCGAGGACGACAAGGACGACGGCGAGGCCCAGGCCGCGGUCGGGGCGAGCUGGGAGCUGCCGGCCAAUGGGCCCGGGCUGCCGCCGCGGGAGUCCCAGGAGGACGAGGCGGCUCGGCGGUCGGUUCUAAGGAGCCCGGGGCCGUCUCCGCCGGCGGGGAGAGCCCGAGACGGCGGCGACUGGCGGGAGGCGGCCGCCGCCGGAGAGAGGCAGUCGCCACGGAGCCCGGAGCCCUGCAAGGAGCGGCUGCGCUUCCAGUUCUUAGAGCAGAAAUAUGGCUAUUACCACUGCAAGGACUGCAACAUCCGAUGGGAGAGUGCUUAUGUGUGGUGUGUACAGGGAACUAACAAGGUUUACUUCAAACAGUUUUGCAGAACUUGUCAGAAGUCUUAUAACCCUUACCGAGUGGAGGAUAUCGCCUGUAAAAGUUGUAAACAAACUAAAUGUUCCUGCCCAGUAAAACUUCGCCACGUGGAUCCUAAACGGCCCCACCGCCAAGAUUUGUGCGGGAGAUGCAAAGGGAAACGCCUGUCCUGUGACAGCACUUUCAGCUUCAAAUACAUCAUUUAAGUGAAAGUGUUGCUGUGAUGAUGGAGCAAGUGAGCUUUUCUGUGCCUCUUCUCUCCCUUCUCAAAAUGCUUCGUGAAAGGCAGUGUAUUCUGAAAAAGCCUUCCAAUAAAGGUUACACUAGUGUUUUAUGUGAGCCGUCUUCACUCAUAGGCCUGGAUGAGUCUUUUCCAAGAAAGCGUGUCAUGAUUUCCUAAAUUUAAGGGUCUGGCUAUGUCACCUAUGCAGGAGUGCACUGUUACAAUCGCAGCUCACUGCAGCUUCUAAUUCCUGGGCUCAAGUGAUCUUCCCAGCUCAGCCUCCUGAGUCACUAGGACAUAGGUAUGUGCCACCAUCCCCGCUUUUGCUUGACUUUUUAUUACGGAUGAUCUGUUUCUGCUAUGGAAACCUUUGGUUUUGAACCUUUUACAACUGCUGGAUAUAUGCUGUCUUAUUUACUCAUAGGUCCUGACAGCACAUCAUUAAAAAACGAAUUAUUCCUUAACUGAAAAAAAAAUCACUCUAAGUGACUUUUGACUUAAGCAAUUCUAACAAGUAAUAUAUGUAUAUUUUUAAAACUUUCUAGAAUCGGUUACUGAUGCCUAGUACAACUGAAUAUUUACCUCUGCUUCAUUUUUUAUUGUAUUUACUUGGUUUAUAAGUUUACAGUAGGCCUGAAACAGAAGCAGCAGUUGAAAAUGCAAUUUGUAUAAUCUUCGGCAGAGCUCCAAUUCCUAGAAAUAAAUAACAUUACAUUAAAUUUAGGUGUUAUGUUCUAGACAGCAUAUUUCCAAUGAAAAUUUAUAGUUAAUGUUAAAAUUGUCUUGUCGUUUAUUUUUCUGCAGUAAGCAAGUUAAUAUGGUGUGAAGCUGAUGAAAGGCAGGUGAAAUAUGCUUAAAAGACUAAGAUUAAAAUAAUAACAAAGAUCACUGCUAGUUACAUAAUUCAGUUUUAGUGUUAAGCACAUUUUUACAUUCUACAAAUAGACUGUUACAGCAGGCAAUUAAUAGGAUACUUUUAAAAGGAUCAAUUAGAACUUAAAAUUUUAAAUUCAUAAUUAAAAUAAUCUACAAAUGCAUAGACUUGUGCCCUCAUUGAGAUGAGCUCUCACUGCAUUUAUCAACAAGUGCAUGAUAAUGCAGGGUGAAACUGGAUAACCUCUUACCUAAAAAGUAAGAAAAGCUUGUCUUUAAAGUGAGGUCAUUUUUCUAAAGAAAACCACUUGGUAAUCUCAUUGAAAUGAAACUGUGAACUUAACAUGCGUGAUGUGUGAGCCAAGUACGGUGGUCCAUACUUGUAAUCCUAGCACUUUGGGGCAGAUCACUUGAGCUCAGGAGUUCGAAACCAGCCUGACCAACGUGGUGAAACCCCAUCUCUACUAAAAAUACAAAAAAAUUAGGCAGGCAUGGUGGUGGGCACCUAUAAUCCCAACUACUUGGGAGGCUGAGACAGGAGAAUCGCUUGAACUCAGGAGGCAGAGGUUCCAGGGAGCUGAGAUCGUGCCUCUGCACUCCAGCCUGAGCCACAGAGGGAAAACUCCAUCUCAAAAAAAAAAAAAAAAAAAAAAAAAAAAAACAUAUGCACUUUGAUUUUUAAAAUUAAGAAAUUUAAAAGGAGCUAUGUUAGUUACAGAUGUAAGAAAAAAGGUGACUGCUAAUUUUAUGUAUUUUAACAUCUCACUAUUUUAAUGGAACCAACAUUUCAUGGAUUAGGGCUUUGCAAAACUGAAGCACAUACUACUUGCAGUCCAUGACAAAACAUAGCUACAUCACAAAUGGACAAAUGGCAGAUGAAAACCAGUUUGUCUGGCAAGGGUGAGUAGUCUAUAAAUCAAGACAGGUCACUUACUGCUAGUAUUUCCAUUUGCUAAGCAAGAAGGUGAUCAGGUCACAAAAAAUACAAAGGAAGAAAAAGACCAAGAAUUAGUGUAAGAAAUCAUUUUAACUAAGGUCACAGAUGUUCCAGGCAAACUGAAGAACAUAUACCCCCAAAAAACUUUAUGAAGUUAUUUCCAGAAUAAAAGCUUUUAGUCAUUUACUGCAACAAUUCAGGGUAUUUUUAAACACUUUGCGAAAGAAUAACUAAAUUAUAUUUAGGCUAUGACUUCUGUGUAAAAGCUACAAUGACUAAAACUGUACUGUAGUGGUCUUGGGAAAUGUGGCUAUCCAGGUUAAAAAAAAAAACAAAACCCAACUGUAAUAAAACUUCCAUUUGUAAACUAGAAAACUUAAGAUUAGAAAAUAAGAAGUUAAUUACCAUUACAACUAAAAAGAAUUGGCUUAUAAUCAUACAUAAUAAAUACUUACCCAUCACCAUCAAAAGAUUAAGUGGCUCAUUCCAGGCUUCCUAUCCUAUACUGUCUAAUUAGGUCGUACUUUGCUAUAAUUGGUGCUGAACCACAGGGUGGAAUAUCAAAAGCACAUAUGAGUUCUAAACUGCAUUCCAAAUGUAGUUCAGUAAGUUUCAGAAACUUCACCUGACUAGGUUUGAAUCAACAUAAUGUAUGUAAAACACAUAGUGAAAAAUCUAAUUUAUGGACUAUCUUAAAAACUAGAUGAAAAUAUGUUGAGCAACUUGGAUCUGGUCUCAUUAAGAGGAGAAUGACUCUUAAUUAAAACAGCAAUUGUUAUGCUGUAAAUGUACCUUCUAAAAGUCAUUCUUAAGCCUGCUUUUGUAAAUAGUUUUCUGUGAAGGACCGUUUGCAUAACGUUUAUUCCCAUCAAUUUAGAAGGGAUUUGCUAAGUAAGCAAAGGUGAACUUUAGCUCCAUGCUGCUUACCAUAAAUUACGUGGAGAGUCAUCCAGUAAACAUCGGUUGAGCACAAUCCAAGGUCAAGCAUAUUACAUAUCUAAAUUUCUGAGGGUUUAGUGCAUACCGUUUAUUUCAAAUGAAAAUUAACAAUUUGAAUUUUAAAUACCUCUCCCACUUCUUUAGCAUAAAUCAAGUAGAACUGAUUCUACAAGCAUAUAUGCAUACGCUCCACUUUGGGAUAUAAUGGAGCAUAAACUGCUGAUAAAGUUUAUGAUCACAAUAAUAGGAAAUAACACAAAUGUAAUGAAUUCUAUAGCUCUGAAUUACCAGCAAUUAAUCUAAAUAUGCUAACAGUACUGUGUGUGUGUAUGCACAUUUUAAAUUAAGUAUAUUAAAAUUUGCACAUUCUCUUUUCACCUAACAAAUAUCUGACUGCUUAUCAUGUAAAAGACUAUACUGGUACAUAAGGACAGAUCAAGUUGCAUAAAAAGGGUCUUCCACCCUCAAAAAAGGUGAAUAUGAAAGGUGAGCUGACAUAUAAAUGCAAGUGUUUAAAAGUUCAAUUUCCACUUAGUAGAUAACCUUAAGCUAUAUUAACUGACUUGGUCUUGGAGAUAGAUAGAUACCGUUUUAUUCAAAGUACAGGGGAUAUUAAAAAAUUACUUAAUAGUAAGAUUUUUUGAUGAAGACAUGCCGUUAAAACAGAUGCAAUUAAGCAAUGGCAAAGACAGAAUUAGAGCCAAAGGAUCUUCUGGUCUAGGGUUAAUUCCUUACCUUCAUUUCUUUACACAGAUGACUUCACAGUUUCUUUUUUACAUUAGUGCAGGAUGUGGAGUCAGCCUGCCUAGGUUUGAAUCUUGGUUUCACUAUUUGCUAAUUUUAGAUAAAUUAGUUUCUCUGAGCCUCGGUUUCCUCAUCUUCAAAACCGGGAUAAUUAGAGAACUACUUGACUGAGUUGUAAAGAUAAAGAUAACAAUAGAGGCCAGCAAAUAGUCAACACUUAAUGCAUGUAUCAUUUUUUCUCAACGUUGCAGUUUCUGCAAAGCUUCAACUUUUUAUUCUAACAGUAUAACCUUUACAGAGACUAGAAAUCUCUAAUAAUGUAACCAAAGAUAGAAUAGAAAAGACUGGAAUUCUGAUGUCAAAUGAAAAAAUUUCAGUCGAUGAAUGUAUUUUCCCGUAUUAAGUUGCACUUCCAUUAGAAUAAUUUGUAGGCCCUAACUUAGCCUCACUUAACCACAAUGUAUGUAUUUACGUAUGUGCACCUUUCUAAGAAAAUAUAUUGCUGUUUUCAUUGAGCCUUAUAUCAGAGAAAAGCGUAAUUUAUUCAAUUCUAAUUUUACCUUUGAAAAGGCUAGUAUGGAUGCAUUAUAGCAUAUUAUUCUUAGGUUUGCUUUCUUGACCAAUCUCUCUGGAAUACUAACACUGGACAAAUUUUCCUUUUCAAGAGGCAGAUGCAACUAAAAGCCUACCUGGACUGUCCAGAUAUCCAUCAAGCUUAUCUACUGAAUGUUAUUAAGCUUCAGUCACAAGCUGGUUCAUUUUUAUUAAAGUGAAUUUUUCAUUACUAAACCAGUAUUUCAUUGAGCUUUUUACAAAGAUUGUUCUUGAUAACCAAAAUGAAAAGUUUUACAAAUAUUCUUUGUUUCUAAUCAAAUAAGGACAUUUGAACAUAUGCACUGUUUUACCUGAUACAGAAAUAAAGCAAAAACAAGAAUAAGAAACUUACUUGUCCAUCUGUGCUUAUCCUAUACAUGUCUUCUUUGGCACCAAAUGUCCUCUUACAAUCAUCUAGCCACUAAAAAUAAGUAACAGUAACAUUUAAUAUGCACAAUGAAAUGGGUAAUAUAACAGCCUGUCCAUACACAACACCAAACUUAGUUAACCUGAAGUUCUAGGACUGGCUGUAGACCUAGACUUUUAUCUCCAUUCCAGUCAAAUCAGUUACAUGGAACUAACAAAAGCAGGGAUAGCAUCAAUAUAACAAGAUGCACACACUUGUCACAGCUAUACUAACAAAACCCAACGAGCAGUCUUCCAUUCUAGGGACCUGUGAUGUUCCAUUUCAGUAAAGGAUAUUCUUCAUUUUGCAGGUUUUAUGAAAAUCUUCACAACGUAUGCCUGACCUUUGUGUAACGUAAGAUGGGGAAAUGAGAGAUGUGCUCUGGUCAAUUUAAUAAAAGCAACUUAGAAUUAAGCAGGUCUGUUUGCUUAUGAGGAGUGUAAUUCUCAGAAGACCAGUGUCAGUUUUCAUUUGUGAACUGGCAAUCAAGUUCCAUUUUAAAUCUUGUUUUUCUUUUUCUUUCUUUCUUUUUGGAUAGUGAUUAAUGGCAAACAUGUUAUCUCCAAACAAUACUGGAUGUGGAAACCAAAUGUGGUUUUUCCUUUUCUGGUGAUAUUCCUAAUGUUGAUGUAAAAGUACAGGCUGGGUGUGGGGGCUCCUGCCUAUAAUCCCAGAGCUUUGGGAGGCUGAGUGGGGAGGACUACUUGAGGGCAGGCGUUCAAGACCAUCCUGGGCAACAUAGGAAGACCCUGUCUCUAAAAAAAUAAAAUUUAAAAAAGAAAUACUUCAAAAAUAAUUUAAAGUACAUUUUCUUCAACAAAAUAUAAAUAAAACAAUAGUACUGUGGUGUAGUAGAAAAGAACGCUGGAGUCACAAAAUUUCCAAGCUGAAGUAAACGCUAAGUGCCUUCAAGGUUAGCUCCUACCUUUAGACAGUUUGAUAGUAUCAGUUGUUUUGACUUCUUAGUUCUUUUUUAUUAUAUUAUUAAGCAGAAUACAACUAACAUAUUUAAAAAAUCAUUUUGAGAAAAGCUACUAGCUGCAUUAAGCAGUUACUCUGAAAAUAUUUUAGUAUUCAACAUUUAACAUUCUCUACUGUAGCUUAUGCUUUACACACAAAGAAUUAAAAGUAGGCAUUUCAGUUAUUUCAAAAAUGAUCUCUUUGACCUUAUUUUCCUUUUAUUCCAGUCUCUUAGAUUUCACUGGCCCUUAGGCUAUUUGCUUGACAGCAUCACUGAAGAAAAACAUGUUAAGCUUUUCUGGUGUGAUACAGCUGAUGGCAGCCAUUGUCAAAAGCUAUCAGCAGAUUUCUGUAUAUCAGCAAAAUGCAGUUGACAUUUACCAUGGAAUCUGUGCAUUCAUACAAAAUGUUAGAAUGUUUAUAUACUUAAUUAUCAUCCCUUGUCCAGUUUGUCCAAGUAUACUAAUAAUUUGAAAAGAAUUUCA